AUGAUUGCACUUUUAUGUUCAACAGUAUAUCAGUUGCAACAGGAAGCACCUCGUCCCAAGAGGAUCAUUUGUCCUCAUGAGGUGGAGAACAGACCAAAAUAUUAUGGAAGAGAAUUUCAUGGGAUCAUUUCUCGUGAGCAAGCUGAUGAAUUGCUUGGAGGAAUAGAGGGAGCAUAUAUUCUUAGAGAAAGUCAGCGGCAACCUGGGUGCUACACUCUGGCCCUUAGAUUUGGGAAUCAGACCUUAAAUUACCGUCUUUUCUAUGAUGGAAAGCACUUUGUAGGGGAGAAGAGGUUUGAAUCAAUCCAUGAUUUGGUAACAGAUGGCUUAAUAACACUAUAUAUAGAGACCAAGGCUUCUGAAUAUAUUUCCAAAAUGACGACAAAUCCUAUUUAUGAGCACAUUGGAUAUGCUACUUUGCUUAGAGAAAAAGUAUCCCGUAGACUGAGUAGAUCAAAAACUGCAUCAAGAAAGGCUAGUGUAACAACAUGUGAAGAAAAUGCACCAGUUGAAAAGAUAACCUCCUUGGUCAGAAGAGCGGCACUGACUCAGAAUGACAACCAUUUCAACUAUGAAAAAACACACAAUUUUAAGGUCCACACAUUUCGGGGUCCACACUGGUGCGAAUACUGUGCCAAUUUCAUGUGGGGACUCAUUGCUCAGGGUGUAAGAUGUUCAGACUGUGGAUUAAAUGUUCACAAGCAAUGUUCAAAGUAUGUUCCCAAUGACUGCCAACCAGACCUUAAGAGAAUCAAGCGGGUCUAUUGCUGUGAUCUCACUACGCUAGUCAAGGCCCACAACGCACAGAGACCCAUGGUGGUCGACAUAUGCAUACGGGAAAUUGAAUCAAGAGGUUUGAAAUCAGAAGGCAUUUACAGAGUUUCAGGGUUCACUGAACACAUUGAAGAUGUCAAAAUGGCCUUUGAUCGAGAUGGUGACAAGGCAGAUGUGUCUGCUAAUAUAUAUCCUGACAUAAAUAUCAUUGCUGGGGCACUAAAGCUGUAUUUCAGAGAUUUACCAAUUCCUGUUAUCACUUAUGAUACUUACUCUAAAUUCAUAGAGGCAGCAAAUAUCUGCAAUGUUGAUGAAAGACUAGAAGCUGUCCAUGAAGUGUUAAUGUUACUUCCUGCUGCACAUUAUGAGACUCUUAGAUACCUGAUGAUUCAUCUCAAGAAGAUUACCAUGAAUGAAAAGGAAAAUUUUAUGAAUGCUGAAAAUCUGGGGAUAGUGUUUGGACCUACUUUAAUGAGGCCCCCAGAAGAUAGCACUCUUGCUACACUCAAUGAUAUGCGGUACCAGAAGCUAAUUGUGCAGAUACUAAUAGAAAAUGAAGAUGUUUUGUUUUAAACAAACACAGCUCUAAAUUUAUAACCAUCUGCGAUAAAAAUUAAAUUCAAAUAAAUCCUCAUGAAAAGAAUUGUGAGCAAUGUUUCAUUUUAUGUGUCUUGUAAAUGUACACUAAAAUAUUUAGUAAAAGCUAUGUUUCACCAAGUUAGGAAAACAAAUGUCUAAUCUUUUAUCUUGUUUCCAAUUUGUCCCUGUGUAGAAAGGUUGCAGAUUUCUUCAGUUAACUUAUUAAAAGAAAUGAAACAUUGUAUAUUUGUUUAGAUCACUGAAGCAAAAAAAAAGUACUAUUCAGCUAAAUCCCAAAUCUUAUUCUGGCUCAAUUUCUAUUAAAAUUAACUCUCUCAGCCCAGGAAGUUGUAAAAGUUCAUCUGUGUAGCAAAUACAUUUUGAUA